UUCUAGAGUGACCGUGCUGCGACCAGGGAAACAUGUCAAUGACAGAGAAUGGCUUGUCACAACUGUUGUCUUCGUAUGGAUCAGAUGAAUCGGAUGACUCGAGCGACGGUACGGAGGAAUCAAUUGCCGUAAAAGAGACAACGAAAUCUCAAAGCGUGAAGUUUAAUCUAACCAAAACUGAAGAUGGCGAGUGCGAGGACUGUAGCAUUACUGAAAGAGGAAGAAAGCUUCUACCAUUACCAAAAGAAGUAAGGGAUAUGUUUAGAGAAGAUCCUACUUCAGAAGAUGAAUCAGCUAAACAUGAUGGCAGGAUAAGGACAUUUUCUCAUUUUCCUGGCAACUGGGCCAUGCAUGUGUUUAUUCCUUUCGCAACCAACAGUCAAUUUGAGAGCCUUGUGGUAUCUGUGGUUGAAAGUUUGUCGGCUAUGACAUCAGGUAAAGUUCACCUGAUUCCAUCUAAUGAGUUACACGUGAGUGUGUCCAGAACUGUGCCAAUCAGACACUAUUGGAUUGAGCCAAUUGUACAACAGCUAAAGAAUGACCUCAGUACAGUGCCAAGUUUUAGGUCUAACCUACAGUGCACUGAAUUCUACACAAGAUCGUCGCCAUAGUGGAUGGUAUCAUGGAAGAAUUUUCCCUUCCUGCAUUCUACAAGGAUCCAUCAUUUCAUGCUAGUAUUGCAUGGCUGCUUGGAGACUUAUGCUCUGAGAAGACAGAGGAAGUUCAAACCAAACUCCAGGGUAUUUUAGACGCUUGCGUUUGCGAAAAAGAAGUCGCCAAGUCAUUGGUUUUGGAAGUAAAAGAAGUACACUGUAACAUAGGAAAUAAACGUUUUGUUUUUCCGUUGGAUGCAACGUGAUUAGAACAAGUCAGAAUCAGGGAACAUAAUCCUAAAGUAAACUGUUGUUGACAAAGGAGGAGUCUCUAGCAGCAACCUGCACUGUUUCUUGUUGGAAAGACAGACAACUUUGUGGCCCUAGAGAGGCUGAUUAGGAGGCCGUCUUAGAUCGUUACUUAAGGAAGACUACAACUUUUCUCCGGUUUAGUUCUUCGUAACAUUACAUACGGUCCAGAAUGAGAAAAAAAAAAAAAAAAACAUUCGGAAGUCGUAAGCAUUUCUAACGUGUCAAAAUUAUAAAAAUACGAAAAAGGAAAAAAAGACUGAUUUUCCUUAUUGCUUCGAUGAACAUACUUCCAUACUUUCAAAAUAUUUUCUGACGACACGCCUGCUGUUGCUUCAGCACGAGACCUCAAGAACCUUGAACAGUGACCUGAAGUAGACUAUAAGCUUUGGUGCAAAGCUAACCAAGAAAUGUUAAUUAACUUUACUGAAACAAAUUUAAUGUUUAUCAAAUUGCCCUGGAAAAGUUAUCUUGCGAUAAAUGUCCAGAAAGAAAGUGAAACAGUACGAGUUUGCUGGAACAAAAGGAUCGAAUUUUAGGUAUUAAAAUACCUAAGUGUACUACUUACUGA